CAUAUGGAAAUUUCUGGCACUCAAGUAGAUUACUUGCCUUGUAUUGAUGGUAGUGCUCUUGCUGAAUUGAAUCAAUGUGAUGCAUUUGUUGCAGACACUGAUGAGGAUUCUGUUGAGUUAGUUGAGGCAUCAGCUAGUUCUGCCUCUAACUUGGAUGGUGGUAACAAUCCUUCUCUUAUCAAGUCAUUGAAUAGGUAUGGAAGAGUUGAGGUGGAAGCCACCGGAAAAUUUUCACAAUCUUCAUCUGCUAUGAAGGUGUUGCCCAAGCAACUUGAUUUUGAUGAUUUGGGGGAGUGCACUCUGAAGGAAGCUUCUAGUCUAAUGUUGAAGAGUGAAAACAUGAUCAACUCAUUGGAGAAAAGUUCUCUUACACCACUUCCUUGUGCAGAUAAUCUGGAUGAAGUAACUUCUGCUCACCACCAAGAAAAACACAACUCAUCCCAUGAAAAGCAGUUGCCAGAGGAGCAAGAACCUUUCUGCAAUGAGGAGAAACUGUCUGAAACAGCUUUUAGCAAGACAUCUGCUGGUAGAACUUCCAAUUUAAUUGUUUUCUCCUCAGAAAAACACACACCUGAUGCUGGUACGGGUGCUGUAACAAGUUCUGUGCCUGAAAGCAAUGAGAUUUCUGUACAGGAAACUUUCUUGGAAAAUUUUCAACUACCUUUAGAGUUUCUUUUGAUGCUUUGCAUGAAAAUUUGCUACAGGAUGUUGCAGGAUCCAAUAUAAAUGUUGAUUCAGGGAUAGAUCAUCUCUUUGAGAAGGAUUGGGGGAAGGUUGCAGUAAAAUCUGUAAUGUUGGUUCCGGAAGCUAGUGAUCAUAAUCUUAAUACUGAUUUAUGUAGUGGUCCUGCGAUUUGUAGCCCUCCCCUGCCAAGGGUAGCAGAUGCAACUUCCAAUGAUGCAAUUGGGUAUUCUAAUGCUGCUGCUGUAUUUGAAGAAACAAAGGGUCAUUCUCUGAAAGAGAAGAUGGAGUCAAGUCCUUCUCAAAUUCAAAAUGAAGCUACAACGGGAAGAUGUAUUGCUGGUGACGUUGAUUCUGUUCUUGAUCAAACACAUGCAAAAUCAAGUGACAAGAAGGUUUCAGUUCUGUCCAUACAACAAGGUAAACAUUCUAGCCCCCAUGUGGAGGGUUCAUGGCCACGUAAGCGGAGGAAAAUUGAUGAUCAACAAAAUAAUUCCCCGUCUUUUUCAUUAAGCUUGAAGGAAGAAGAUGCAAAGCAAUUAAGUGCUAAGUCUUUAGUUGAUGAAGAACAAAAUGAGG